AUGUUGCUGCGACAUCUGCUGGCGCUCGGUAUUGUAUUGAGCAAUGCUUUUAAUGUAUACGGUUAUGUUCGCCGGCUUACAGGCUCGGAAGGCGUAACUUGUUCACCAAUGAACAUUGAUCCUACUGGAAAACAUGAAUCCAAAGUUGCUUUUGGGUUGGGAAACGCGUCAGUAGGUGCCGUUUCAGUGUUUGUGUGUCGAAAUGAUGACUUGACGCGUCUUCCUCGCAGUGUUUACGAUUCUGUGGGUGCUUUUGAAGAGGUCGAAAACGUUCCCAGUGCCAUUGCAUACAAUCUGAAUGUUUCUGAAGGCCAUACACAGGCGGAAUACUCUGUGUUUGAUGACGAUGUGUACUGUGUCGUGUUUCGCGGAACGAAUAAGGCACUGGACAUGGAGACGGAAGAUGCUGUGCUGGACGUUGACUUUGUAAGCGGCGGCAGUAAUUUGUACGUGGAUGAGAUUACUUAUUGCACGUAUCGCGUUCUAGUCAUGGUGAGUCACAUUAUUUUCACUAUUGUUUGGUCUUAUUUUUGUUUCUCAGCCGGUCGUCGUACCCUGCCGGCCCAAUUAAUCGUGCCGUUUCAUUUUGCAUCACGUAUGGCACUUUCAUUGCCUGAGAUUCUGUACUAUUUGAUUAAGGCACUCGGGGAUGUCGAACCCUUUUUCUUUCCGCGAUUUGAACUGUGCGUUCAAACGUUUCGUGCACUGACCUCUUUUCUGCUUAUGUUCACCAUUGGGUUUGGCGUAGGCGUGGUCCGGCCAAAGUGUGAUCGUGUAUUUAAACAGGUGCUCUCCGUCUCGUUGACCCUGUUUAUCGCUGCUGUGUACUAUAUUAUUCGUAAUGACACUGCCGACACCGACCCUUCAUUUCUUCUCAUCUUUCGUUUUUUCACCCAAGACCUCCGGCUCUUUCUUCUUGUCUCGUUUGGAGUGUUGCUGCAGCGCAACGUAUCUCUUGCGACUAACUCUAUGAAGCGUGAGGUCUACAAAAGUUGUGUCUGCAUUCUUUUAGCACACACCAUCGUACCCCGAAUCCUCGUGUACCUUGCCCCUUACCUCUUCCACAGCUACUCGCCUCUUUUUGUGACUCUUUCUCGUGACCUUGGCUCUGUGUUUACAGAGCUUCUUAUGAUUUACCAAUGGAUCCCCGCACAAUCCUUCAACGCCUCUGUCAAAUAUGUUCCUCUCCCAGACUCAAUUACUAAAGGCUACUGA